AUGACGCAGAAACGAAUUUAUUUUGGUCGAUUCAUUUCCACGCCGAAGCCUGAUGAGCUUCUGAUACGGACGGGCGCCGUGCUCGUGGAUAGCAAGAAUGGCAGAGGGGUCAUAGAGAAGGCAGACUGGACUGUCAACGGGCCAAAUGAUGCAAUUAGCAAGUUCGGCGUUGAGGUACCGGUUGUGACGGCCGAGGAGAGCGGAUUCUUCUUUCCUGGAUUUAUUGAUACCCAUAUACACGCUUCGCAAUACCCCAAUGCUGGAAUAUUCGGAAAGUCCACACUGCUAGAUUGGCUGACCACAUACACAUUCCCUCUGGAGUCAUCACUUGGCAGCGAAAAAUCCCCCAUGUACAACGACUCAAUUGAGCCGCCUGACCCGUUAGCUCGCGCCGAAGCAGUCUACAACCGGAUCAUCUCCAAGACACUCUCACUUGGAACGACAACGGCGUCAUAUUAUGCCACCAUUCACCUCGAGGCGACGAAUCUCCUUGCUGACAUUGCUUUCAAAAAGGGUCAAAGGGCCUAUAUCGGACGGGUGUGCAUGGAUCGACCCGAGGCGUGUCCGGAAUAUUAUCGAGACGAAAGCACUGAGGAGACGAUAGCAAACACCAAAGCCAGCAUCGAAUACUGCAGAUCUCUGGACCCCUCAGGAGAGCUUGUGGCCCACAUCAUCACGCCGAGAUUCGCACCAAGCUGUCUACCCGAAACACUAUCCCAACUAGGCGCAUUAGCAAAGGAAGAGGAUCUAAGAGUCCAGACGCAUAUCUCGGAGAAUCUGAAUGAAGUGAAAUGGGUCAAGGAGUUGUUCCCGGAUCAAUCGAGUUACGCAGAGGUGUAUGACCAUCAUGAGCUGCUGACAUCACGAACAAUCCUUGCGCACGCAGUGCAUCUCAGCAGGGAAGAAAUGCAACUCGUCAGGCAGAGGAAAUCAAAAGUCAGUCACUGUCCCGCGAGCAAUAGUGCCCUGGGGAGUGGAUUUUGCCCUGUGCGCACGUUGUUGGAUGAAGGGGUUGAGGUCGGUCUGGGCACAGACGUCAGCGGCGGAUACAGUCCCAGCAUACUCGAUGCGGUUCGAAACGCUUGCAUUGUGAGCCGGCAUGUUGGGUACUUGAAUGACGGUGAUAGCAAGUUCAACCUCAGUGUUGCCGAGGGAUUGUGGCUCGCUACAAUGGGUGGAGCGAAAGUGGUUGGUAUGGAAGGACGGGUAGGGGGAUUCGAGGAAGGUAUGUAUUGGGAUGUGCAGGAGAUUGUGAUGGGGGACGUCGAUUCCAGUGGACGAGCAGCUGAUACAGGGGUGGACGUCUUUGGAUGGGAAUCUUGGGAGGAUCGGGUUGCCAAGUGGGUAUGGAAUGGAGACGAGAGGAACGUGAGACGGGUUUGGGUUGGAGGAAGGUUGGUACACGAGAGACGGUGA